GAGCCGCAGCUGCUGCGCCCGCCCGCGCCCUCCCGGGGACCUUCUAAGCGCCGCCGGGUCCCGCCGCCUCUCGCCCCGCUGUUAAUACCGGCGGCCCGGGAGGGGGGCGCAGCGUGCGCAGCGCAGCCAUGGGGACGCUGCUGGCCUUCGUGGUCGGCGCGGCACUGGUGUCCUCAGCCUGGGGGGGCUGUGUGGAGGUGGACUCAGAGACCGAGGCAGUGUAUGGGAUGACUUUCAAAAUUCUGUGCAUCUCCUGCAAGCGCCGCAGUGAGACCAAUGCAGAGACCUUCACAGAGUGGACCUUCCGCCAGAAGGGCACUGAGGAGUUUGUGAAGAUCUUGCGCUACAAGAACGAGGUGCUGCAGCUGGAGGAGGAUGAGCGCUUUGAGGGCCGUGUGGUGUGGAAUGGCAGCCGGGGCACCAAGGACCUGCAGGACCUGUCCAUCUUUAUCACCAAUGUCACCUACAACCACUCGGGUGACUACGAGUGCCACGUCUACCGCCUGCUCUUCUUCGAGAACUACGAGCACAACACCAGCGUCGUCAAAAAGAUCCACCUUGAGGUGGUGGACAAAGCCAACAGAGACAUGGCAUCCAUCGUGUCUGAGAUCAUGAUGUACGUGCUCAUCGUGGUGUUGACCAUAUGGCUCGUGGCAGAGAUGGUUUACUGCUACAAGAAGAUCGCCGCUGCCACGGAGGCUGCUGCACAAGAGAAUGCCUCGGAAUACCUGGCCAUCACCUCAGAAAGCAAAGAGAACUGUACGGGUGUCCAGGUGGCCGAAUAGCCCCGACCCUGGGCUCCGCCUCAAGGAAGAGCCAGCCCUAAUGGGGGACGUCCAGGGACAGCCCGCCCCCAAUGGGGGUUGGCCAUUCCCGGCCUCCACAUGCCUCAGAGUCCUGCCAACGGAGCCACCAGAGUGGGAGGGGGCAGGGGGCUUGGCUUGCACCCCUGACUCAGCCUUCUUCCUCCUUCCCCAUUGCCCACCCACCGCUGUGCAUGAUGGGAAAGCAAUACUGCCGCUGCCCCCACCUCUGCUUCUGCUGCCUGUUUGGGAGGGGGCGGUGAGGUGGGGCAGCGGCUCCGCACUCCUCCUUGCUGAUUUGCACACAUUGGCUGCUUCAGACAUGCACUUCUGGGGCCAGCCCCUGCCUGCCCCAUCCCUGCCUGGCGGAGGUCAUGAUGGGCUGGGACAGUUUGGAGCAGGGGGUUCUGGGACCUGCCUGACCCCCAGCAUCACUUCCUCUCCUGCUUCCUCCGGCUGGACCUGGGGUCCCCUCCCUGUGAUGCACUCUUGCCCGGCCCAAUCCCACCCUCUCUCACCAGCCUUGGACUGUGGCCACUUAGAAAGGGGCCCGUUCAGCCUCGUCUCUCUUUACAGAAGUAGUUUUGUUCAUGAAAUAAAGAUUCUUGGACUUGA